AUGUCGGGCAUGGGAGCUCAGUUUCUUGCGAAACACAAGCAACUCCAAGAAACUAAUGACAGUCUCCGAGACGAAGUUGUGCAGUUGAAGGAUGAGAUCAAGCUUCUUAAGGAGCAGAACCAGGAACAGGAACGUCAGAUCUCAGAGCUCUCCCAGGGCAAGGAACUACUUGGAAGUGACAUCGAAAGGGUCCGUGGUCAACUUGGAGAGGCUAAAGAGGCGCUUGAUGCCGGUGCCCAAGACAAUGCGAAAUUAAAGGCCCUUGAGAGCCGCGUUGAGCUGCUACAAGCCGAGCUUGACGAGACCUUUGUCGCCGCACAGGCAGCUAACAAGAGUCGCCAAGAAGCCGAACUCACAGCAGAGCAUUUUGAACGCCAGGCGAAAUCCGCUGAAUCGCAGGCUAAAGUGUGGGAAACAAAACAUGAUGAAAUUUCUCAGAAGUAUAGCGACUUGCAGGCAGAGAUGAAGGAGUUGGAAAAUACGCUCAACAGUCUUUAA